AUGGACGUCAUCGAGAUCCUCAGCGACGACGACGACGCGCCGGCGCCGGUGCGCGCCGAGAUCGACGAGGAGGAGGACUCGCAGGAGGUCUGCUUCCUGUCGACGACGCCCGCGCCCCGGAAGGCGUCGCCGGAGCUGCACGUCGACGGCGCGGCGGCGGCGUUCGCCGCGCCCGUGACGCUGUCCGGCGGGCGGCCGAGCCGCGACGACGCGGAGGAGGACGUCGUCGAAGUCGUGAACCCCGACGAGCUCAGCGGCAAGGCCAAGGACGCCCUGCUCAAGUCGCUGCUCGCGGAGAAGCAGGCGAUGGCGCGGAAGGUCGACGCGCUCGAGCAGGAAAAAAAGCACAAGGAGCACGAGAAGAAGCAGAGCACGCGGCCCGUCUACUGGCGGCGCGACGGGGCCGGGAAGCGCCUCGUCGACGACGGGUCCCGGGGCAAGACCGUCGUGGACCUCGUCGAGGGCAGCGACGAGUACGCGUCCGUCGCUCAGCGCGUGCUGUCGCACGGCAUCCCCGACGCGACGAUCCGCGCCAUCCGCCGCGUGCACAACGACGAUCUGUGGGACCCCUACUGCGCGCGCCGGGCGAAGAUGGCCAAGGACAUGGGCGGCGGCGAGAGCAUGAUCUUCCAGCACGACGUGCUGCCCGGCGUCGCGCCCGAGGGGUCCGCGAGCCCCUACUGCGGGUCGGAGAACCCCUGCCGCGAGCGCUACCUCUUCCACGGCGCGGCGCCGGCGACCAUCGACAAGAUCCUCGACGACGGCGUCGACUUCCGGCUGUCGCAGAUCACGGGCGCGAUGGGCGCGUGCGCGUAUUUCGCGGACCAGAGCUCCUACAGCGACCAGUACUGCCGCAUGCCCGACCACAGCGCCGAGGCGACGGCGGCCCGGGGCCGCGGCGGCCCCGCGCGGCCGCCGGACGCGGCCGGCGGCCUGAAGAUGCUCGUCUGCCGCGUGCUCCUGGGCCACUGCGGCCGGGGCACGCACGGCCUCCGGCGGCCGCCGGCGCGCGCCGACGGCGACGGUCUGUGCGACUCCGUGUCGAACUCGCCCGACGACGUCGUCCACUACAACAGCCAGGGCUUCAUGUUCGGCGUCUUUGACAACGCGCAGGUCUACCCGGAGUACGUCGUCGAGUACACGCGCGCGGGCCACCCGGGCCACGCGCGCGCGAACCUCGCCACGGCCAACGCCAUGCUCGCGGCGCUCGCGGGCGGCGCGCCCCUCAACGGCGCGGUGGCCGCGGCGACGGCCGCGCUCCAGCAGUACACCGCGGCGAAGCGCAAGGCGCCGAAGCCCGCGGCGAAGAAGCCCGCCGCGAAGCGCCGCAAGUCGUCGAAGCGCUAG